GCUGCAUGGCGGUGCAAGUUGGCCGACGGCCCGCCCAAGCUGAGCGGCCCCGCGGCGGUCGCCAUCACGCCAGUGGUCCAGCAGGAGUCGGGCGAGUGGAUCGCCAAGUUUGCCGAUGGCGACUCGUGGACCGCGCCGUCGGCGGUGGUGGACAAGCUCCCGCCCAAGAGCGGGCCAGCCACGCUCUGGCGGCAGGAGGCAGGCGAUCGUCAGGUCAAGAUGCAGCUCCACCUGGUGACCAAGAAAGAUGACAAGUGGUUGAGCUUGUUCCAGUGGCCGAACAAUGUCAAGAAGCAGGCGGUGCAGCUCAUUCCGCCGCCUGGGGAGCUCGACAAGUGCAUCAACUUCAUGAAGGAGAACGUGCCCAGGUUUGCACGCGGCGAGAUCGGGAAGCCACAGUUCGAGGAGAUGAAGAAGAGCUUCACCGACGCCAUUCGGAAGGAGGCCAGGGAGAAGGCGAAGGAUCUCCAGAGCGCCGCCCAGGGCGGCAGCGGCGCCGCCAUGAAGCGCCCAGAUGACGACAACGAUCUCGAGCAGGAGUGGGCGGAGGGGCGCGAAGCUUUGACAGAGCCAGUUGACGACGCGGAGCAGCCGCCCAGCCCGCCGAAGGCCGACACCAGUGAGGAUCCUCACAGCAGCAAACGUCGGAAGAGGCAGAAAACAUCAGGUGAACCAGCGACGGCGGACAAGCAGCCGAACACCGCGAUCAAGACGAAGCCGCCGAACGCCGCGAGCCAGGCGCAGCUGGAGAGCCAGGCCGACACCAGAGAGGAGACGCCAGUGACGGAGGCGCA